GUUUGCGUUCUUUCCCAUCUUGUAUAAAUACCCCAACGCAAUCCGCCCAAAAUCAGAGCACCAAACAUGGGAAGCGUAGAGAUAGAUAAAGAGCGAUUAACGGCCGAGAUGGCCUUCAAGGACCCAUCUUCCGUUGUCAUCAAAAUCCGGCGCAGACUGCCGGAUUUUCUCCAAUCUGUGAAGUUGAAGUACGUGAGAUUGGGAUAUCGUUACACGCCCAAACACGCCCUCUAUCUAGCAAUAUCCGUUUUUAUCCUCACAGUAGCUGUAACUGUACAGCUGACCGGACUCCGGUUCAGGAAUUUAUCGGACGUAUGCAGUCAAUUCUCCUUAGACCGGGCCACCGGUUUGGCCGCUUCGUCCAUUGCAGUCUUCCUACUCACCGUCUACUGGUUCAAACGCCCGCCGCCCGUCUACCUUGUCGACUUCGCAUGCUUCAAGCCGGAGGACGAGCGUAAGAUCUCGAACGAUAGUUUCUUGGAGAUGACGGAAACCAACGGCGGCUUCGAAGAGGAGACGAUCGAGUUCCAGAAGCGGAUUUCCCGACGGUCCGGUCUCGGAGACGAGACCUACUUGCCGCGUGCGAUCACAUCCCGACCGCCGAACCUCUGCAUGAAGGAGGCCCGGCUCGAGGCGGAGGCAGUGAUGUUCGGCGCGCUUGACGCGCUCUUUGGCAAGACCGGCGUCCGCCCGAGGGACGUCGGAAUCUUGAUCGUCAACUGCAGCUUGUUCAAUCCCACGCCGUCUCUCUCGUCGAUGAUCGUGAACCAUUACAAGAUGCGCAGCGAUAUCAAGAGCUUCAACCUCGGCGGUAUGGGCUGCAGCGCUGGCCUGAUUUCGAUCGACCUCGCCAAAGAUCUCCUCCGUGCAAACCCGAAUUCGUACGCGGUCGUUGUCAGUACCGAGAACAUCACUCUCAAUUGGUACUUUGGCAAUGACCGUUCAAUGCUCCUCUGCAAUUGCAUCUUCCGGAUGGGUUGUGCGGCGGUACUCCUCUCGAACAAGAGAAAGGACCGCAAGCGAUCCAAGUAUCAGCUCAUCCACACCGUCAGAACGCACAAGGGCGCCGAUGAUAACAGCUACAAUUGCGUGUACCAGAAGGAGGACGGUGCGGGGAAUGUCGGUGUCUCACUGGCGAGAGAGCUGAUGGCGGUGGCGGGAGACGCUCUCAAGACCAACAUCACCACCCUCGGCCCUCUGGUGCUGCCAUUGACAGAGCAAUUCAAGUUCCUGUUCACGCUGGCUAGGAGAAAGUUCCUACGGACGAGAUUGAAGCCGUACAUUCCGAAUUUCAAGCUGGCGUUCGAGCACUUCUGUAUUCACGCUGGUGGGCGGGCCGUGCUGGACGAGCUGCAGAAGAAUCUGCAGCUGAGCGAGUGGCACAUGGAGCCGUCGCGGAUGACUCUGCACCGGUUCGGGAACACGUCGAGCAGCUCGCUCUGGUACGAGCUGGCUUACACGGAGGCGAAGGGACGCGUGGCGAGAGGUGAUAGGGUGUGGCAGAUCGCAUUCGGGUCGGGUUUUAAGUGUAACAGCGCCGUUUGGAAGGCGCUGCGGGGAAUAUCGGUGGAAGGAGGAGAGUGGCGGGCUAACCCAUGGCUCGACUGCGUUGAUAGCUACCCUGUCAAGGUGCCUAUGGCUUGAUUAUGCCAUGUGUUAGGGAUGAUUGGCUCGAUCCCCAUGGCCCAUCUGACGUGGGAUUGUAACAGUUGGAAGAUUUUUUUUUCUUUUCUUUUCUUCUUCUUCUUCUUCUUCUUGGUCUUCUUCUUCUUUUGAUUUUUUUCUUGGGGAGAAAAGCGUUCGUUGCUCGGGUAAAGUGUGAUGGAUGAUACGCGGGGAGAUAUUACUUGGUUUAUACGUGGCGUGUCGAAUUUGUCCAGUUUAGGCAGAUAUUACAUGAAUCAACAGUUUGUCGUGUUUGAUCA